AUGUUCCGCAGUACAAUAGCAUCAGAGUCUAUGAGGACUACUCUUCUGUACUCUGUCAAAAGCCACGCCUGGACUUUAGUGAAAUGUCUACUGUAUAUGUGGUCUCCGACACAGCUCUUGGGCAGCGCGUUCAGCGAUCUGACAAUCCACCCGUCCUUCCUAAGGAUAUCACGCUGGUACUCCGGUACGUCGGGCAUGCACAGGGCAACCAUGUCUCUGACAGUGCCGGAUUCUUUCAACGAUUGUCCGAGGACGCGGAGAGCGAGGAAGAAUCCGCCGUACUGCAAGGCCACGUAGGCUUCAUCGGAUUCCUUCUCCAGGCCGCUAGGCCGGCCCAGCGUCGGCAAUACACCUAGCUUCACUUCCGCCGCCACGGCCGAAGGUACGCGGUCCACUGGUUGAGCUCGGACAGGGGUGCCCUUCUGCGAGUCGGGUGUGGCGGAGAACCACGAAGACAGGUACAACAGGCUCACCACGAGUAGCCCGACACAGACUACGACAACCGACAGAGACUUGCAGAGACGGGACUGAGGCGGCAUCUCCAUUCUCCCAUUUA